GGUCUGUCGGACCGUCCAGCCGCGGGGCGGGGGUCGUGACGGUGUGUGAUGUCCCCGAGUGUGCGCGACCCUGAGGUCAUGCGGGCGCCUGUCUGGGUGUGUUCGCUGCGUGCGUGUAUGUGUGUCGGGUGCGUGUGGGCAUCCACGUAUGUGUGAGUGCAGCUGCAUGUGUGUGUCCGCAGGAACAUGUCCAUGAGGGUCUGGGUGUGUUUGUGUGCGAUCGUGUGGGGUGGGGUGUGUGUGCAUAGGUGUGAGUGUAAACUGACAUAGUUAAGUGCCUGCUGUGUUGAUGUCUAGGUGAGUGUGUGCGUGUCUCUACGCUGUCUCCGGGUGUGUCUGAGUGUAACAAGUGUGUAAAUGCCUGUAUGUGAGUGCGUCUGGUGUGUAUGUCAGUUCUGCGGGACUCUGUCCGUUGUCUGGUGGGAGUGUGUGAACGAGUGUGUAAUGUCUGUGUGUGUAGGCCCAAGUGUGGGUCUCUGGGUUGUCUCCUGUGAAUGAGUGUGUACGUGUGUGUGCACAUAGGUCUGGGGAGUGUGUGGUUGUGUGUCUCGUGCGUCUGCCUCCCGAUGUGUGUGUUCUGAGCGUGUCGGUGUGUUGGGAUGCGAGCCCUUUGUGGGUCUGUGGUGUCCAGUUGUGGGACCCCAGCGGCGCAGGUGUGGUCACCCUUGAGUGUGUGCAUUCGCUACCACGGUGUGUUUGUGUGUCUGGGUGUGGGAGUGGCACCUCCCACUUCCCUUGAGUCGGUCACGGAGGCCACAGCCGUCCAUCUUCAAAUGUCUCCAGGCCGUCGGGCUCAGGGCCUUUAAUUAGUGGCUAGUCGGGGGGAACCCGCCGGGGCGCCGGCCCCCUCCUCCCGCAGGCCGCGGGCGGGCCUUUGUCUGCUCUCCCGGCAGGGUCUGCCUCCAGCCCAGCCAGAUGUGCGGCGCCUGGAGAAGGCCUCUGCCCGGGCGGCCUGAGCCUUGGCCUCCACGGAGCGGCCGAAUCUCCCCGGCCCGGCCCAGGAGGUCUGGGCGUGGAGCCGCGGGUCCGUCCCGAUCGCUGGGAUGGGAUGGAGCCUCCGCUGUUUCCGGGCCGCUUCCGCGGCAUUUCCUCCUCCGGCGCCAGUCCCGGUGCUGGCCUCCUCCCUCCUGCCUUCUGGGAGGAGGGGCUGGGAGCUAUGGCCAAGCCCGGGCACGCGCGCUCGUGCGUGCGUGCGCGCCCGUGCACACAGCCACACGGGCACACACACGGCCACACACAGGGUCACAUGGGCACACACACCACACACAAAGUUACCUAGGUACAUACAGUCUACUUACACAGUCACACGCCCAGAGACACGCAGAGUCACACACAUGCAGUCCCGCACACAUCCUGGUGGAGACCCCUGCUGCUGCCCCCAGCCGGGCGCAGCGAGGGGGGGAGGGACCCCCCCUAACCUCCCUACCCUCAGUAUCACUUUCUCCUCAGACCCACUGACCUGUUCCCAGUACCCCCAUGGCAGGUCACCCCUGGCUACCACCCUGCAAGGGGGUCACCAUCCCAGAUCCUCCCCCAACGCGCACCCCCCCCCAGCCCUGGAGGGACACCUGUUGCCCUCCCUGCAACCCUCCCUCAUCCCCACCCACCUAUGCGCUCCUUCCACACCCUCUCCUCCCCCUCCACCCCCGUACCCCACCUGAGCCAGAAGUGCAAGGGAGGCUGCUGUGAGGUGGAGGGGCCCAGCCUCAGAGGACAGUGGUGAGGACUUCAGGGGUGCAGAGCAGAGAAACUCAAAGACACUGCAGCCGGGACCAGAGCCACAGAACGGCUUGGGGGAGAUUCUGCACCAGGCCUGGCAGUGCAGGAAAGAAGGAGAGGGACAGGAUUGGGGGAAGGGAGCUCCAGCCUCACACUGCAAUGAGAACGUUGCCACCUUGGCAUGGGAGGGGAGGGUGGUUAAGGCAAGGGGAGGGUCGGGGGAACUGACCAGGAAGGGGUUUAAUCAAAACUGGUCAAGGUCUCCAGGAUGGAAUACAGGAGAGGAGGCAAGAGGAGAUCAGGGCAUAGGGAGGAGCAGUAGGGGAGGAGGGAGUUUGGUAGGGGACCAGGAGCUGAGGGAGGAUGAAAUCCAAGAGGAGGUUGGUCAGGGUCAGGGGGAAGGGCAGAGUAUUCUCAGCCACCCCUGAACUUCAGACCCAGGCCAGCUCCUCCUCCCUGCCCCUCCCUGUCUAGGCACUAAAGAAGAGGCUGAGGCACAGAGGGGCUCACGCACAGGUGUCUGACCCCAGGCCGCCCACUGCCACCCCCAAAAGGUAAAAACAAACCAAAAAACAAGGGAUAAUCAUUAGCCCAUCUGAAGGGACCAGUAGGGUCACAGAGUGUCUUGGAGUGAGCUCCCCGUCGCUGGAGGGGUCCAAGCAGAAGCGGGAGCCCGGUGAUGCUGCCCAGGCUGUGAACAGGGGAGGCGGUGCUGUGGGGGCUGCCGGCAGCCGGGGCUGGAGAGAGACAUGUGGACACGUGGCCUCUAUGGCUCCCGCCUACCAGAUCCUCCGCUGGGCCCUUACCCUGGGGCUGGGCCUCACAUUCGAAGUCAUACACGCCUUCCAGUCUCAAGAUGAGUUCCUGUCCAGUCUGGAGAGCUAUGAGAUUGCGUUCCCCACGCGAGUGGACCACAAUGGGGCCCUGCUGGCCUUCUCGCCCCCCACGCCCCGGAGGCAGCGUCGGGGCACAGGGCCAGCCCCAGAGUCCCGCCUCUACUACAAGGUGGCCGCACCCAGCACCCACUUCCUGCUAAACCUGACCCGCAGCCCCCGCCUUCUAGCAGGGCACGUCUCCGUGGAGUACUGGACACGGGAGGGCCUGGCCUGGCAGAGGGCUGCCCGGCCCCACUGCCUCUACGCCGGCCACCUGCACGGUCAGGCUGGCAGCUCCCAUGUGGCCAUCAGCACCUGCGGGGGCCUGCAUGGCCUGAUUGUGGCAGAUGAAGAAGAAUAUUUGAUCGAGCCCCUGCAAGGUGGGCCCAAAGGGGCCCAGGGCCCAGAGGACAGUGGCCCCCAUGUGGUGUACAAGCGCUCCUCUCUGCGUCACCCCCACCUGGACACAGCCUGUGGAGUGAGAGAUGAGAAGCCAUGGAAGGGGCGGCCGUGGUGGCUCCGUACCCUGAAGCCGCCCCCCGCCAGGCCCCUGGGGAAUGAGACAGAGCGAGGCCAGCCAGGCCUGAAGCGCUCCGUCAGCCGCGAGCGCUAUGUGGAGACCCUGGUGGUGGCUGACAAGAUGAUGGUGGCCUACCACGGGCGCAGAGACGUGGAACAGUACGUGCUGGCCAUCAUGAACAUUGUUGCCAAACUUUUCCAGGACUCAAGUCUGGGAAACAUCGUUAAUAUCCUGGUGACACGCCUCAUCCUGCUCACGGAGGACCAGCCGACCCUGGAGAUCACCCACCAUGCCGGGAAGUCCCUGGACAGCUUCUGCAAGUGGCAGAAAUCCAUCGUGAAUCGCAGCGGCCAUGGCAAUGCCAUUCCGGAGAACGGGGUGGCCAACCAUGACACAGCAGUGCUCAUCACGCGCUAUGACAUCUGCAUCUAUAGGAACAAGCCCUGUGGCACACUAGGCCUGGCCCCCGUGGGCGGCAUGUGCGAACGCGAGAGGAGCUGCAGCAUCAACGAGGACAUCGGUCUGGCCACCGCCUUCACCAUCGCCCACGAGAUCGGACACACGUUUGGCAUGAACCACGACGGUGUAGGGAACAGCUGUGGGGCCCGUGGCCAGGACCCGGCCAAGCUCAUGGCUGCCCACAUCACCAUGAAGACCAACCCUUUUGUGUGGUCGUCCUGCAGCCGCGACUACAUCACCAGCUUUCUGGACUCAGGCCUGGGGCUGUGCCUGAACAACCGGCCCCCCAGACAGGACUUCGUGUACCCCACGGUGGCACCCGGCCAGGCCUACGACGCAGACGAACAGUGCCGCUUCCAACAUGGAGUCAAAUCGCGUCAGUGUAAAUACGGGGAGGUCUGCAGCGAGCUGUGGUGUCUGAGCAAGAGCAACCGGUGCAUCACCAACAGCAUUCCUGCCGCCGAGGGCACGCUGUGCCAGACGCACACCAUCGACAAGGGGUGGUGCUACAAGCGCGUGUGCGUCCCCUUCGGGUCGCGGCCGGAGGGCGUGGACGGGGCCUGGGGCCCGUGGACCCCGUGGGGCGACUGCAGCCGGACGUGCGGCGGCGGCGUGUCCUCCUCCAGCCGUCACUGCGACAGCCCCAGGCCAACAAUCGGGGGCAAGUACUGCCUGGGUGAGAGACGGCGGCACCGCUCCUGCAACACCGACGACUGUCCCCCGGGCUCCCAGGACUUCCGGGAGAUGCAAUGCUCCGAAUUUGACAGCAUCCCUUUCCGUGGAAAAUUCUACACGUGGAAGACAUACCGAGGAGGGGGCGUGAAGGCCUGCUCACUCACAUGCCUGGCCGAAGGCUUCAACUUCUACACGGAGAGAGCGGCCGCCGUGGUGGACGGGACGCCCUGUCGCCCUGACACAGUGGACAUUUGCGUCAGCGGCGAGUGCAAGCACGUGGGCUGCGACCGGGUCCUGGGCUCCGACCUGAGGGAGGACAAGUGUCGGGUUUGUGGUGGUGACGGCAGUGCCUGUGAAACCAUUGAGGGGGUCUUCAGCCCAGCCUCGCCUGCAGCUGGGUAUGAGGAAGUCGUCUGGAUUCCCAAAGGCUCCGUGCACAUCUUCAUCCAGGACCUGAACCUCUCCCUCAGUCACCUGGCCCUGAAGGGGGACCAGGAAUCCCUGCUGCUGGAGGGGUUGCCUGGGACCCCCCAGCCCCACCGCCUGCCCCUGGCUGGGACCACCUUUCAGCUGCGUCAGGGGCCAGAUCAGACGCAGAGCCUGGAAGCCCUGGGACCCAUAAACGCAUCUCUCAUCGUCAUGGUACUGGCCCGGACAGAGCUGGCUGCCCUCCGCUACCGCUUCAACGCGCCCAUUGCCCGAGACGCGCUGCCUCCCUACUCCUGGCACUAUGUGCCCUGGACCAAGUGCUCGGCCCAGUGUGCCGGCGGCAGCCAGGUGCAGGCCGUGGAGUGCCGCAAUCAGCUGGACAGCUCGGCGGUGGCCCCCCACCAUUGCAGCGCCCACAGCAAGCUCCCCAAGAGGCAGCGCGCCUGCAACACGGAGCCUUGCCCGCCAGACUGGGUCGUAGGAAACUGGUCCCGCUGCAGCCGCAGCUGCGAUGCGGGGGUGCGCAGCCGCUCGGUGGUGUGCCAGCGCCGGGUGUCAGCCGCCGAGGAGAAGGCGCUGGAUGACAGCGCGUGCCCGCAGCCGCGCCCACCGGUUCUGGAGGCCUGCCAAGGCCCCGCCUGCCCGCCCGAGUGGGCUGCCCUGGACUGGUCAGAGUGCACCCCCAGCUGCGGGCCAGGCCUCCGCCACCGCGUCGUCCUGUGCAAGAGCUCUGACCACCGCGCCACGCUGCCCCCUGCGCACUGCCCGCCCGCAGCCAAGCCGCCAGCCACCAUGCGCUGCAACUUACGCCGCUGUCCCCCGGCCCGCUGGGUGACAGGCGAGUGGGGCGAGUGCUCCGCACAGUGUGGGAUCGGGCAGCAACAGCGCGCGGUGCGCUGCUCCAGCCACACUGGCCAGCCGUCGCGUGAGUGCGCAGAGGCUCUGCGGCCCCCGGCCACACAGCAGUGCGAAGCCAAGUGCGAGAGCGCGCCCCCCGGGGACGGCCCCGAAGAGUGCAAAGACGUGAACAAGGUCGCCUACUGCCCCCUGGUGCUCAAAUUUCAGUUCUGCAGCAGAGCCUACUUCCGCCAGAUGUGCUGCAAAACCUGCCAUGGCCGCUAGGGGGGCGCGCGGCCCCCAGAGCUAACGCUGGGCGCCGGCUGGAGGGGACCCGGCCCGCAGCUGGCCAGCCUGAAGGAGCCCGAGGGGGCGGGAGCUGGGAGUAAAGGGUGAGACGAAGCCGGAAGUUAUUUAUUGGGAACCCCUAAAGGGCCCCUGGCUGGGGGAUGGAGAGGGGCUACCACCCCAGGGCCCCUCUUCAUCCCCUCUCCCAGUUCAUAGUGAGACCCCCUCCAGGGUGGGUUUGAGGAGGGAACAACUAACUGUUCGCCCUAGAGCCCUUUUCACCCACUCCUAGGGAGCCCCUAAUACUGCCCCCCUUUGACCGGAAUAUGUACUGUGAAGAGGGGGGGUGGGGAGGGGGUCUGCCUGUGUCCUGCCCCCAACACUGCCCUAUCCCUCCACUCUGAGCUGGGGGCGGGAGAAGGGGUGGGUCUAUGUCCGCUAUGGGGGAGGGGGGUUAGCACCACCUCCCUGACACCCUCCCCCUGACCAGACUAGCUACAAGGCUGAGGCAGAGCUGGCAAGAUCCACCACAACCUCUGCCCUCCCUGCCCCAGGGGGACCCCGACAUCCAGGCGCCCCCAUCAUGGUGCUACAGACCCUGCCCUGGGGCCCACACACCCCUCGCCAGGAAGCCCUCCAUCAAUAAAGUUCUGUCUUGUGUA